GUCCUCGAGAUGAAGACAGGGGGGAGCCCCCAGCCAGGUGGAGACCCCGCAGGGACGCAGCGGCGCCCGGUGACCGAGGCCUCGCACAGCCGGCCGCCCUGAGGGUCGGGCCGGAGCCAGGGUCCAAAAGGGGCGCGUUUGUGUCUCGGGUUAAAAUAAGGUUCCGUCCGCGUGCUGGGUUCGGGGCCCUGCUGGGUCAGACCCUGUUCUGUGGGCACAGCGCCCGGGACCCCCGCGCGGCAGGAACCCCGGCACGGGGGUCACACCUGCCUACACAGGCUGAAGAGCAUUGGCGUGUCUUCAGGUCAAAGUUUUUCUUUCUCUUUUUUCUUUUCUCUCUUUUUUUUUUUGGAGAUAGGGUCUAGAUCUGCCGCCCAGGCUGGAGUACACGGUCGCGAUCACAGCUCGACCUCCUGGGCUCAAGCGAUUCUCCCACUCUGGCCUCCCAAAGUGUUGGGAUUACAGGCAUGAGCCCCUGAGCCCAGCCUCAAAGUCACUUUGAAAUCGGUAGUGCGGUCGCCAUGUCCCCUGCGCACCCAGGCAGGAAACCCAGGAGGAGAGCCUGGGGCUGGAGGCCGUGAGGAUUUUCGUCUUUUCCUGGUGGCUUAUCUCUGCUUCUGUUUUCCCUACUGGGAUUUAGUGCUGGUCCUCACGCUGCCUUCCCCCUCCGUGUGUGGAAGUCUGUGUCUCCCUCUGCAGCCCCCAACCCCACCCAGCCCCGUGCUGUCCUCAGACACACCAGGCACGCUCUGGCCUCAGGGAUUCCGCCCUACUGAUCCCUCUGCGUGGAAUGCUGUUCCCCGGGGCCCCAGUUGGUUUCGCCCACGGCCCGUUCCUGGGUUGGCCUUUGAGGGCCACACCCACACCCUGUGUCCUGCUGGCUGUCCACCUGGCCUCCCUGAGGUCAGCUCCAGGCGGGAGGGCUCCUGGUCCACACUGCCCCCUGCUCCCGGCACAGACGCUGGCAUAAAGACGCCCGGUGAACGUUGGUGACCCAAUGCAUGCAUGGAGCAAAGGCCAGAGGAGGGGCUGCUCCGGCAAGUGCUGUUACCCACCGCCUCGAGCCACAGCCCUGCUAGGGUGCUCCAGGGUCUCUGCGCAAGAUUCUGCCCCCAAACCCUCUGUCUCUCAUUUAUGGAGAGCCUCGGGGAAGAAAACCGGCUCCCCCGGGACCCUCAGCCCAGCAGAAAACCUGCACCACCCCACAGCCCCACCCGUGUCUCCGCACCGGCUGCUGUGGCUGGGACUUCUGGGGAAGGAGCUCAGGGCUGCAGGUCCGUGUGAGAGUCACGGGCACACAUCUCUGCACACACGCGUGAGUCACGUGCACCCUUCUCUGCACACACACGUGUCCACAUGCACCCGUCUCUGCACACACGCAUGGAGUCACGCGCACCCGUCUCUACACACACGUGUGUCCACACGCACCCCUCUGCACACAUGCGUGGAGUUACGCGCACCCGUCUCCUCACACACGCGUGUCCACACGCACCUGUCUCUGCACACGAGUGUCCACACAUUCCCGUCUCUGCACACGCAUGUCCACGCGCUCCCGUCUCUGCACACACACGUGUCCGCACACACCCGUCUCUGCACACACACAUGUCCACACGCUCCUGUCUCUGUACGCACGCGUGGUCAUGCACACCCGUCUCUGCAUACAUGCGUGGAGUCACGCGCACCCGUCUCUGCACACACGCGAGUCACGCACACCCGUCUCUGCACACGCACGUGUUCACAUGCACCCGUCUCUGCACACACGUGUGGAGUCACGCACACCCGUCUCUGCACAUGCGUGGAGCCAUGCGCACCCGUCUCUGCACACACGCGUGUCCACACGCACCUGUCUCUGCACACACAUGCGUGGAAUCACGCGCACCCGUCUCUGCACACACGCGUGGAGUCAUGCGCACCCAUCUCUGCACACACGAGUGGAGUCACGCGCACCAUCUCUGCACACACACGUGUCCACACACACCCGUCUCUGCACAUGCGUGUCCACACACACCCGUCUCUGCACACACGCGUUUCCAAACGCACCCAUCUCUGCACACACGCGUGGAGUCACGCGCACCCGUCUCUGCACACACGUGUCCACACACACCCGUCUCUGCACACGCACGUCCACACGCACACGUUUCUGCACACGCACGUCCACACGCACCCGCCUCUGCACACGCACGUGUCCACACGCACCCGUCUCUGCACACGCACGUGUCCACGCGCACCCGUCUCUGCACACACAUGUCCAUACGCACCCAUCUCUGCACACACACGUGUCCACACACUCCUGCUCACGUGCUGCACCUACUGGCUUUGGGCACCGACGUCAACGCUUCGUCAUUGUGGCGGGAGGCCCUCAGGACAGAGAAGUGCCCCCUCCCAGAGGACUCAGUCACCCUGGGGUCAGAGCCCAGGCACAGAUCUCCCUCAGCCCCUGAAGCUGGGCACUGCAGCCUGACCCACUCCUCCCAGGGAGGUCGGGAAACCUCAGGCCUGGACCAUACCUCAGACCUCCCGCCUCCAGGACAUGGAACGCAGAGCCACGGUCAGCUUGUCGGCUGCAGCGUUGGGUGCGGGUGCAGGCCCAGGCUCCUUCCCCACGGCCAAACCAGGGGGUGCUAAUUCUGGCCUGCCCUGUGCUCCUCUGCACUGUGUGGGUGACUCAUGGGUCAUGGGUGGCUCCAGAUUUCUGGGCAUAAAUUGGGUCCCAGCAGAAAGUACCCCAGAGGACCAGGCAGGCUGGGGGCCAGCUCUGCCGCUCACUUCCAGACCCUGCCACCCGUCCCCAGCCAGGGAGUCCCUUCUCUGUCCUCUGGUCUGCCCGGCCCCAGGCCUUGACCUCCUCCCUGUGGAGAUGCAGGGGCAGUGGGGGAUACAGGGACGCCCUGCUCUCAGGGCAGCUCUCAGGGAAGCAGUGCUGGGGAGGGGUAGGUGAGACCGCCCCUCCCACCGGGCCCACAGCACCACCCUGGUCUGAGGCACCGCCUCCAGGAAGCCCUCUCUGAGCUCUGAGCGCCUGCGGUCUCCUGUGUGCUGCUCUCUGUGGGGUCCUGUAGACCCAGAGAGGCUCAGCUGCACUCGCCCGGCUGGGAGAGCUGGGUGUGGGGAACAUGGCCGGGCCUCCGAGGCUCCUGCUGCUGCCCCUGCUUCUGGCGCUGGCUCGCGGCCUGCCUGGGGCCCUGGCUGCCCAAGAGGUGCAGCAGUCUCCCCACUGCACGACUGUCCCCGUGGGAGCCUCCGUCAACAUCACCUGCUCCACCAGCGGGGGCCUGCAUGGGAUCUACCUGAGGCAGCUCGGGCCACAGCCCCAAGACAUCAUUUACUACGAGGACGGGGUGGUGCCCACUACGGACAGACGGUUCCGGGGCCGCAUCGACUUCUCAGGGUCCCAGGACAACCUGACUAUCACCAUGCACCGCCUGCAGCUGUCGGACACUGGCACCUACACCUGCCAGGCCAUCACGGAGGUCAAUGUCUACGGCUCCGGCACCCUGGUCCUGGUGACAGAGGAACAGUCCCAAGGAUGGCACAGAUGCUCGGACGCCCCACCAAGGGCCUUUGCCCUCCCUGACCCGACACGCUCCGCCCUCCCUGUCCCGCCGACAGCCUCUGCCCUCCCUGACCCGCCAGCAGCCUCUGCCCUCCCUGACCCGCCGACAGCCUCUGCCCUCCCUGCGGCCCUGGCUGUGAUCUCCUUCCUCCUCGGGCUGGGCCUGGGGGUGGCGUGUGUGCUGGCGAGGACACAGAUAAAGAAACUGUGCUCGUGGCGGGAUAAGAGUUCGGCGGCAUGUGUGGUGUACGAGGACAUGUCGCACAGCCGCUGCAACACGCUGUCCUCCCCCAACCAGUACCAGUGACCCAGUGGGCCCCUGCACUUCCCGCCUGUGGUCCCCCCAGCACCUUCCCUGCCCCACCAUGCCCCCCACCCUGCCACACCCCUCACCCUGCUGUCCUCCCACGGCUGCAGCAGAGUUUGAAGGGCCCAGCCGUGCCCAGCUCCAAGCAGACACACAGGCAGUGGCCAGGCCCCACGGUGCUUCUCAGUGGACAAUGAUGCCUCCUCCGGGAAGCCUUCCCUGCCCAGCCCACGCCACCACCGGGAGGAAGCCUGACUGUCCUUUGGCUGCAUCUCCCGACCAUGGCCAAGGAGGGCUUUUCUGUGGGAUGGGCCUGGGCACGCGGCCCUCUCCUGUCAGUGCCGGCCCACCCACCAGCAGGCCCCCCAACCCCCAGGCAGCCCGGCAGAGGACGGGAGGAGACCAGUCUCCCACCCAGCCGUACCAGAAAUAAAGGCUUCUAUGCUUC